AAAUUGUAGCAAUCAAACGCUACCGCGCCAACACCUACUGCUCCAAGUCGGACGUGGACAUGUUUUGCCGUGAGGUCUCCAUUCUCUGCCGACUGAACCAUCCCUGUGUCAUACAGUUUGUUGGAGCCUGCUUGGACGACCCGAGCCAGUUUGCCAUAGUCACGCAGUAUAUUUCUGGAGGAUCACUCUUUUCCCUGCUCCAUGAACAGAAAAGGACUCUUGAUCUUCAGUCUAAAUUAAUCAUUGCUGUAGAUGUUGCCAAAGGCAUGGAGUAUCUUCACAACCUCACACAACCAAUCAUACACCGUGAUUUGAACAGUCACAAUAUUCUUCUGUAUGAGGAUGGCCAUGCUGUUGUUGCUGAUUUUGGAGAAUCGAGAUUUUUGCAAUCUCUGGAUGAAGACAACAUGACAAAACAACCUGGGAACCUGCGCUGGAUGGCCCCCGAGGUCUUCACCCAGUGUACAAGGUACACUAUAAAAGCUGAUGUUUUCAGCUAUGCUUUGUGUCUCUGGGAGCUGUUGACAGGUGAAAUUCCGUUUGCUCACCUAAAACCAGAGUAA